UUUAUUUUUAAAUAUUUUUCAUUCUAAUAUUUGCUUGAUGUGUUUUGAAACAGACUAAAAUAAGUUAAAAAUGCAAUUACAUAUGUGAGAUCACGGUAUUCCUAUUUGUUUUUAUUUUACAUUUGUAAAAUGCUCCAAUUCUGUUUUUUUGGAUGAGGAGGAAUGCAAAUACUAGCAGUGCAAAUGUUGGUUUGAUAAACACAUCGUCAGUAAUGGAUAAAUAAUGAAAACAUAGUUUGUUUUGUUCAUUGCAUACUGCUGUGUUCAUUGCACCCAUCAUAUAUGUAAAUAUAAACCUUUUCUUUUUUUAAAUACACAUAAUUGAAUGUGUAAUUACUAUGUAUUCGAAUAUGAAUUGUGUUAAAAAUGAUUUGCUUUCACAUUAUGUAACUGACUGUGACAGAGAUCCAAUGAUUCUUAGAUCUCCCUCUCGACUUGUGAGGGCACUGUGUAAAAGGAACAGAGGCAUGACAAUUUAUUCCGUAGGGUCGGUGGAGGUCAGUCAUUUAGGAAAGGGUCGGAGCUACGGUAUCCAAACUCAAUGACCCAGACAGUAAACGGCGUGGAAUCUGAUGAUUGGAGGAGCGGAUGCACUCGUUAACCUAGGGGUCAUGAGCGAGGAUAUAAAUAGGGGUCAUAGCUGACGUGAUCUGUUCCUUUUGUGAAUGGUUAGGAAAGAACCUAAAAAGGAGUCCCUGCAUGUAAAAAAAAUUUACUGCAGAAAAAUUAUAAGUGUGCCUGUAUAUGGAGCCCUGGGCCACUCUGUGUAUCUGCACUUCAAUACGACCUUGAACAGCAGUGUUGAGGUGCAAUGGAAUCGGCGAUUCAAUCGCAUUGCUGUGUUUAAGAAUAACAGAACGGCCUUUGAUAAUCCUUAUAAAAACAGGACUCAGAUUUUUGCUAAUGGAACCCUCAGACUGGACAGAACUCAGAAAAAUGAUUCAGGAGAUUACUCUGUGGAUGUGUUUAAUACUGAUGGAACUAACAUAUUUAAGGGAAGCAUGCAGGUUUAUAUUCAAGGUUCUGAACCCAAGAUUAAUCCAACAUCCACGCCCAAUCUAGAGACCCAGUUCCAUUGCACCCUGGAGAAUGGGACCGUUAUCGAAUUAUCUGGGGGCAAAGAAGGAGAGGCUUUUCAGUUCUUAAUCAGUAAGAGCAUGAUAAUAACAAACUGUACAAAUGGGAUUGCAUUUUGCAGUCUACAAACCUGCUCUUCAAAUUGCUCUGGUAAUUUAACCACAAAGCCUGGUGAUACCAGUAAUGCAGAGGAUGCCGAUAUUCUUAAAUAUGUCCUUGGUGGAAGUGCUCUUCUUGUGAUCGUCAUGCUUUCAUUUACACUCUUGUGCAUGUGUAAGAAUAAAAAAGGGAAGGAGAAUGCCCAUUCGGUGAUUACACAAAACAGGAGUGAUGAACAGCACGUUUCCCUAUCCACAAUGAUACCAGAGACUGCAAGCACAGCAAUCCAAGAUGACCAGGUUUAUACUCAGGUUGUUAAUAAAGGUGGAAAAAAGAAAUCCAAAUGCAAGCCUAAAGAGGACGGUGAGCUGGUUUACGCCCAGGUUGUUAUAAAAGAAGGCAAGAAGAAACCUAUUCAUGACGAAUCUGUGGUUUAUGAUGAAGUUAAGGGGAAAGACAAGAAUAAUCAACAACAGGAUGACAGCGUGGUUUAUGCUGCUAUUAACAAACGAAGAAAUAUAUAAUUGAAGGCAUUGUUUUAUAUAUAUAUAUAUAUGUAUAGAGAGAGAGAGAGAGAGAUGUGUGUGUAUCUGUAAGGAAUAAACCACGACAGGCUGUUCAGUUCUCAUGAAAUAUAUACACGCAUGGAUGGUGAUUUUUUUGUUUCUUAGUUCUUUGCAUAAUAAUGAAAACAUUGUGUUUUAAUGUUUUGAUAAGUCAGUUUUAACUUUCUUUGGCUUUAAGUUUAGGAGCUUCUAUUCAGUUCUAGUUGCUGUUUUGUUUUUACAUAUAAAGUUUGUAUCUAAAAUAUGCAAAGCAAUUGCAUUAAGUGUAUUAAUAAAGUUUUUUUUAUUUUCAUUUUUCUUUUUUUUAAGUAGAUGUGUUUCCUAAUGUGUGUUGUAUACUUUUCUGUUAUUUUCUGAAGUUGAUUGCUGUAAAAUAAUACUCCAUUGCAGUCACACAUUUGUAAUUUAAACUUGGUUAUAUUAAACAUGGUUGACUAUGACA